GGUGAGAUUAUUCUGGUCUAUUUUUCCUAUCCAUAUUCGGAAGUUUGGAACUUGCAGUCGCGACCCUUCUAGAAAGACGACAAUCAGUCAAUCGGUGGUUCCCGGCUGCCAGAUUGAAAAUGGAUCGGGUGCGACCCGGAGAGCCCGACAGCUUAGAAGCUUCACUGAUGCAAUUGAUCAACGAUCACCAUGAUAAGUCUCUCAAGCUCCGGGCUUUUACGGAGCAAUCGAAGAAAGAUGCGGUUCAUAGCGCGACUCGGGUUUCGGAUCUUCUGGUCGACGCCGUGAACGGCGGUGUCCAAGAGGCUUACGCCAUCGAGAAAAAAAUCGAAAUGGAAAUUCGUGCUUUGGCGGCCUCCAUUAUGCGAUUCGGAAAGCAAACGGAUCAGUGGCUAGCCGCUUCUCACGCUAUCAACACCGCAAUCAAGGAAAUAGGAGACUUUGAGAAUUGGAUGAAGACAAUGGAAUUUGAUUGCAGAAGUAUCACUACUGCAAUCUGCAACAUUCACCAAGCAUAGUAUAUCAAUGAUAAUUUGAUACCAAAAUACUAUGUCUCUUAUUGAUACCUAAUUGGUAUAAAAAAACAUGAUUUUUUAUUGAUACUAAUAGUUAGUGAGUGUAUGUAUAGUGUGCACAUGUUCUGCUACCGAAUUAGGAUAUUUCUAUUUAGAUUAAAAUUUUCUAAUUUGAUUUGAUUUGUUUAAUUUUGAUUUGAACUGAUUUGAUAAAGUCCGAUUUAUAUGUAUUUUAUUAUUGAUCUAAUCUAUUUAGGUCUGGCAUGAUUUGAAAUGAUAUUCUAUGAGAAAUAUAUUAGUCUAUUUAAAAAUGUCCUU